UAUCUAGCUGGAUAAAGAAGCAUAUUAGAUUUGCGACUUGUGUUUGUAUAACGAUACAUUUUAAUGUAGACUUAAUUAGUUCUCGUUAUAUUCAAAUAAUCCGUGUCCACAGGGCUGCUUUCCCGAGGAGUAGCUUGCUGGCUAGGUAGCUAUUUUACGUUGUUUAUAGUGCGAGAACGAGGGAGCAACUGAGACAUGGAAUGAAACGGUCGCAGAGUUAGCUACAGUAGCUAGCCAAUUUACUUGGUUUCUAAGUUUGGUAGCAGCAGACAUCUGCCAGGCUUUAAGAAAUUAGCAGAUUGGAUUUUUGAGGCCAGGGAUUAGAAUUUGAGACAAAUUCGACUGGAAUCAGAUUCACGUAUCGUCGCCAUGGCUUGGGCUCUGAAGUUGCCGCUCACUGAUGAGGUGAUUGAGUCAGGUCUGGUCCAGGACUUUGAUGCCAGUCUCUCUGGCAUUGGACAGGAGCUUGGAGCUGGGGCAUACAGUAUGAGCGACGUGCUGGCCCUACCCAUCUUUAAGCAGGAGGAGUCCAACCUGCCGCCUGACAGUGAGAACAAGAUUCUUCCUUUCCAGUAUGUUCUGUGUGCAGCUACCUCGCCUGCCAUCAAACUGCACGAUGAAACACUUACCUACCUCAACCAAGGACAGUCUUAUGAAAUUCGAAUGCUUGACAAUCGGAAAUUGGGGGAACUCCCAGAAAUCACUGGCAAAAUGGUGAAGAGCAUCAUUCGAGUGGUCUUCCAUGACCGGCGUCUUCAGUACACAGAGCACCAGCAGCUGGAGGGCUGGCGCUGGAACAGGCCGGGAGACCGCAUCCUCGACCUGGAUAUCCCCAUGUCAGUUGGCAUGGUCGACCCCAGGGCUAACCCUACUCAGCUUAACACGGUGGAGUUCCUGUGGGACCCAUCAAAAAGAACCUCUGUUUUUAUCCAGGUUCACUGCAUCAGCACAGAGUUCACCAUGCGGAAGCAUGGGGGAGAAAAGGGCGUGCCUUUUCGCAUUCAGAUUGACACUUUCAAAGAGAAUGAUGGCGAAGAGUAUACAGAGCAUCAGCAUUCUGCCAGCUGUCAGGUCAAAGUCUUCAAGCCUAAAGGUGCAGACAGGAAGCAGAAGACUGACAGAGAGAAGAUGGAGAAGAGGGCGCCUCAGGAGAAGGAGAAAUACCAGCCAUCCUAUGAAACCACCAUCCUAACAGAGUGCUCUCCCUGGCCAGAGGUCACCUAUGUCAAUAACUCCCCAUCGCCUGGCUUCAACAGCACACACAACAGUUUUCCAGUGGCAGAGGGAAAUGGAUCCCCCGGUCACCAGCCAGAGCCAGUUGUUCAGGUGGCAGAUAUUGAAAGCUGUCUGACUGAUACGAUUUUGUCGUCCCAUCUGCUUACAAGAGACAGUGAAAGUGUCCAUCAGAACCUGUUACCUGCGGCAACACCACAGGAUGCUCAGCAGUGGCUACAUAGAAACCGCUUUUCACCGUUCUGUCGGCUUUUCACUAAUUUCUCAGGGGCAGAUCUGUUGAAGCUGACCAGGGAAGAUGUCAUUCAGAUCUGUGGGCCAGCAGAUGGUAUUAGGCUCUUCAACGCACUGAAAGGCCGAGUGGUACGUCCCAGGCUGACGGUGUAUGUGUGCCAGGAGUCCCAGCAGGCUCGGGAACAGCAGCAGAAACAUGAGAACGGAGACACAGCUAGCAGCACUUUCUUCGUGUACCAUGCCAUCUACCUGGAGGAUUUGACAGCAGUUGAGCUGACAGAGAAGAUUGCUCAGCUAUUCAACAUCUCACCCAGACAGAUCAGUCAGAUCUUUAAACAGGGACCCACUGGUAUACAUGUCCUGGUCAGUGACGAGAUGAUUCAAAACUUCCAGGAUGAAGUAUGUUUUGUUUUGGACACAAUGAAAGCUGAGACGAAUGACGGCUACCACAUCAUCCUGAAAUGAAGACUGUCUGGGGGAUUGCCUAACCCCUUCUCUGUCCUUUAGACUCAACCCUGCAAGCCCCGUUACAGGCUCUGCCCCUGACAUUCCUGGACUGUGCUGAAGAUUACCUGUUCGAUUCUCUGAGGCCCUUGCUGUGGGGAAUGUUGACUUAAGCAGCUUGCCCAUCCUUGAUACCUUAUUGUCUUAUUUUAAAGGGGUGACUGACUCUAUUUGAGCUGCCAUAUUGAAGCAACACGCUUCAGUUUCCUCCCUUGCUAGAAAUCCUUUUAAAACGGUUGCAUUUUCCUCCUUCACUACUCAUGUGUUUGGAAAAGAGAAUGGAAUGAAGAUACCCUGCCACUGUUAGUGCAUCAUGAUGAGCAGCUGGUGUGCCGAAGUUCUAUGCUUCAGAAUCAAGGAGUUUGCUGUCACAUGAAACGGGAUCCACAACAAGAGAUACAGAGUUCUCUGGCUUGACAUCAAGGAUCCAGUUUGUGAGGACCGUGGCCAUGGUUAUGUAGCUACGACACGGGAAUGAGAACCUUAACAGGAAGUGGUGUCUUAAUAGGCUGCUGGUGUCCCUUUCAUUACCUAUGUCCUUUCCUUGUUUGGGCGUAAGUCUGUCCUCUGUUCUCUCUCCUCUGACCCGGAAACUGAUAAGUGGUUGAGGACUGUGUCAAAUCCUUAGAAGACAAACGGAAGAUGAUCCUCCCCUCCUCAGUAGCCUCCUUUUGGCGAGGAAGCACAAGUGUAUUCUACCACGGACACAUUUAAGUGAUAUGCUACUUAUCCUUUUAUCUGUAAAAUGUCUUGCACAACAUUUAUUUUGGAAUCCACCCCUGUAAACGUAAUUUGCCUGAUGACAUGCGAGUGGAGAAGGAGCUUCUUAUUUCAAACUAGUAUUUUCAUCCACGUUCAAUCUCCUCACCACCUCUCCUCAAUUUCUUCAAAAGGAGGCAAGAGAGGAUGCAGGAGUUGAGCAAAUCUAAUUGAGAAACAGCCCAUGAGAACCCCUCUCUGUCCUCUUCCAGUGAGUGCUGUGCUCCUGUGAAAGCCUACAGUCCUGUUUUCCUGUGUCCUCCUCUAUUACUUGUGAGAGAACAUCUGUGCAGCUUUUGAACACUGUCAAGACCGUGUCAGGAUACUGGUCUGUUGAUCAUGAUAUGGCCCUUGCAUCCCUGAGCCGACUCUGUAAAAAAUGCUAAUAGACUCUAAUGUAAAUGUAAACAUUAAUCUGAUUGACACACUGUCUUUCUUUGUUAGUGACACCACACAGUGGCAACACCAGCAACUUACCAGUCUCUGUCUUGCCUGCUAUCCCUACUUACCAUCAUACUGUAUUUAUCACUUUACAGUUUCAUUACAAAGGUUUUGGACAAUUCUCAAACCUUUAUUUUAAGUAGAUAAUUGUUUUAAAAUAUAUGAAUCAUGUCUUACUUUUAGCUGUUUUAUAACCUUUCUAACAUAUGUUCCUUCCUUGUUUAGAGAACAACUCUGCAUUGUUUUUGGAUAUUGCCACUAAUACAUAGCAGUGGGUUGUAUAGGGCUUGAUAAACCUGCAUGUGUAAAGCUAGAGUUGGUUCCCAUUCAAUCAAGUUCAACUGAACGCUUCCAGAAUAUCGAUUGCGUGAUAUUUAGAUGUUGUCCAGUUUUGCCCCUCGCUCAAGUCAUCAGAAUGAUUAAACUAGUUACCCAUU